AAUAAUUUCAACACAUUGAGUAAAUUUGAAAACGGCGUCGCAGUAUGAAAAACGGUGGUGCCGUUACCGGACCACUAGGGCACUACGACGGCAACCCCAAAACUCAAUCCCGCGACUAAAUUUAAACCAAGAAACUCUUCCUGCACCGAAUCUGGAAUGUCGCAUGUACGAAUCAAAGUACCCUGAGGAUGGAUAUGGCGGUGAUGAUUCAGGUGAAGAAUAUCGCCGAUAUGGGAACAACAUCGAGGGUAUGAUCCUCUUCUCCGAGCUCUCUCGCCGUCGGAUUCGUAGCAUUAGUAGUCUCAUCAAGGUCGGCCGGAUUGAGCCAGUCAUGGUCCUUACUCCUUAGGGUCGAUAAGGAUAAAGGGCACAUCGAUCUCAGCAAGCGUACGGUUAGCGAGAAGAGUUUUAACAAGAGCAAGCUUGUUCACUCCAUCAUGCGCCAUGUUGCUGAGACUGUUGGCGUCGAUUUGGAGGUAUUAAUAAGAUUCAGUAACUCUCCUCUCACCUCCUGAUUUUUAGCAUUGUAAGAAGAAGAAGACACUGGAUAUCGAUGGAGGUAGCGGAAUAAUUGAAUGAACAAAAAAGCAUUGUAACAUUGUUUCCGCUUUACAUCUUACAAUUUUUGUUUCCCUUUAAGCACAAAGCAAUUUCUCUCGUUUGUCUCCCUGAACAUGGUUAUUCGUAAUACAAGCAUAUCUUUGUUAUACAAGACAAGAGUUUUCACAAAGAUUUCUCAUUGGUUAUGAUCAGCGUUUGACUUAUGAGGAUGAAGACGAGGCACAAGUAUCAGAUGAACUGGCAAGGGCUAUCUCGCCGUUGGCUGCAACAAUGGUUCGUGAAUAACAGCUGAAGUCAUCAACGUAGCUGAAACUCGUUCUUGUGCUCGCUUCACCGGCCAAGACAUUGUGAUCUUCAACCUCCAUCCAACCUUCUGAGUCCUGCCUGCUGUUAACUUGGGUCAAAGCUCCUCCAGCUGAAUAUCUCUCGUUCAAGGCGUGUGAAACAUUCGUCACGAGCACAUACAUAUCCUUGUCGUUGGUGAACCCUCUAAGAGUAGAAGUGAUCACCGUGAGUGGGUAUGUCCGCUGUUGAACAACUCGACUCACCUGUUUGCCCGAUUCAGAAGUCACCUCCACUAGCCGUUCGGUAUCCACUCUCUGCUCAACCCUCUUGUAAGCUCCGUUUUUCUCGAACUUCACCAAGCUGCCAAGUUUGAACAUGCUUUUGACCGUGGUGGUCAGAUUACCUUCACUUGAUUUCACCCACCCGUCAAACUCACUGCGUACCUCUGCUUCGACCCUGAAAGACCCAUCAAGCUCUUUAAGCUCUUCUUCUCUCACCAUGUGACGGCUCGGGCUAUCGUAACGCCGAGAACCAGCUUCAACACUCGAAGAGCCGUGAUCCAACCAGAGGUGCAAAUUAGCAUCCACAAGCCAGUACGAAAUGCCGUCGUUGACCCCGAGUGCAAACUCAUGAGACUUUCCAUCUAAAAGCAACCCGAGAAAUGGUGUCAAGUCCAUGUCGUACGAAGGUAGAUUGAAUGCUCCGAUUGCAACAACUGGUUCCCAGAACAAGGGAUUGAUUCCACCUGUGAAGAUCACCGGAAAUGGCACCUCUGAUCCCACGUAUCUCCCGUCUAUCUUCACAAACACCUCCCGGUACGCGCCAUUGCCACGCCCAGCUGCUAGAUUGUUCCUUCUCAUGUAUGAGCUCGGCGGGUUUGAAUACCAGAACUCGUCGUUCCCAUGGAACGAAACGUAUAGUUCCAACACAAUCUUACGAGUGUUGGACGGAAUUUGAAUACUUUUUGAGUAAGUUUCUGCCGGGUUCUCGAUCAUGAACCAGAACCCUCUGUCUCCUCCGUCACCUAACGGAAUGAUCAAAUCCGCAGGGGUUUGGCCUCUUCUCUGGGAUUCAGGGAUCCCUAAUCUGCUAUUGAUCUUCGGGUUUGGCGCAAUAGGAUUGAAUUCGUAAAAGAUGAGAGUGACAUUGAUAUGAUAGAUGCCUGUGUAAACAUCGUUGACUAUGUUCUCGAGCAUCAUCGUGACAUUUAGAUCGGAUCUCAUGAAGAGCGAGGAGUACCUGGAGACGUCCUUCCGAACAUUCCAGAAGAUUCCGGUUGGACUAGGCUCCGCCGUACUGGUGCGGAGUAGCUCAACUCCGCCGAGCCACAAGCCGGAAAUACGAUCGUACUGAUCGCCACUCGAGGCGGCGCGUAGGUCAAGCACAACAUAGGACCAUGGCGGCGAUGUACAGCCGGAAGGUGGAGUGUAUGGAGCAGUAUACGGAGGUCCAUUGAUGGUGUUGCCGAAUGAAUGGCGGAGGAGGACAUGAGAGCAUGAGGGCGUGAGGCGAUCGGACGGUAAGGGCUGCCUGAGUUCCGUGUACUCCUGGGGCACGUCCGGUGACCGGAGAGAGGUCAAAGCCGAUUUGAGGAAUCGGUCCGGCGAAGAAGGAAGAGAGAAAGUGGUAGCAAUGAGAAAAGCGAAUGUGAGGAAGAACUUAACAACGUUUUGAUUUAUCUCCGACAUGAUAUCUUCUGCGCAUUUAAUUAUCCGAUCUCGCCGAUGCGAAGCUCUCUAAUCAAUGUCAAUGGAGAGAAGAGGCGGAGGGCCGUGAGAAAACCAGAGCGUUUUAUUUUUUCAAGAAUCAACUACGUGUAGUUUUCCCGUAAUGAAGUGGCAGGCGGUGUAAAGGAAAAGUUGAGGCUAGAUAGUUGAUAGUGACAGUCUGGGGCCCACCUACGCAACGGAAUUCGAUUGGUAUUUUAGCGCCUGUGGUUUAAUUAUACGCUGCAUACGUGUCAAAAUAUGAGAGGGUUACUGUUGAUACUUUCGACACCGCGCUGUAUCUUUAGCAUUGCUACUGACAUGCUUCCUCUCCCUCCGAUCACACAGAGCUUUUCCCUUCUUAUGCUCAUGGCGGGUUCAUAAAUAUAUACAGACGCUUUACACAUCAAAAAAUCGCGUUAGCUAAAUAUUUACUCAGAUUCAGUUUUUUUCUCCAGACUCCAUUGACGCAACGAGUUGAUUCUCUCUUUUUUUUUCUCCUUCUGGGUUGGGGAUUUUUUUUUUUUUUUUUUAAAGUUGAAGCAUGUUUUACUCUCACCAGCUACUAGCUCGAAAAGCACCGCUAGGGCAGAUAUGGAUGGCUGCCACUUUGCACGCGAAGAUCAAUCGGAAGAAACUAGACAAGCUCGACAUUAUUCAAAUCUGCGAAGAGAUUCUGAAUCCGUCGGUUCCAAUGGCUCUCAGGCUCUCUGGGAUUUUGAUGGGUGGGGUUGUGAUCGUUUAUGAGAGGAAAGUGAAGCUCCUAUACGAUGACGUCAGUCGCCUUCUGGUCGAAAUUAAUGGAGCUUGGCGCACAAAAGCUGUUCCGGAUCCCACUUUGCUACCAAAAGGAAAAACCCAUGCCAGGAAAGAGGCUGUUACGCUGCCUGAGAACGACGAAGCAGAUUUUGGAGAUUUUGAACAGACUCGUAACCUUCCAAAAUUUCCCAAUUUCAUGGACUAUCAGCAGACUUAUAUUUCCAUGCGAUUGGAUGAAUCCAAUGUUAACGAAAAUCCCGAGGAAGAAGAUCUUGGACAGCAUCUCCAUCAAGCUAAUGCGGAAAAUAUAACACUCUUUGAGUAUCAUGGUUCAUACCAGACUAACACUGAGACGUAUGAUCGAUUCGAAAGAUUUGACAUCGAAGGAGAUGAUGAAACUCAGAUGAACUUCAAUACAAGAGAAGGCGCUGAGAUACCUCCAACUCUCAUCCCAUCACCACCUCGUCAUCAUGACAUUCCUGAAGGAGGCAACCCCAUGAGCCCUCAGCGCCGAGAGCAACAAGAUCACGGUAGGGACGCAUUUGCUGAGCAGAUGGAGGAACAAAAUAUACCGGAUAGAGAGGAACAAGAUAGAACACGGCCAGCAAAAAGAGCAAGAAAGGCAGCUACUUUAGUGAUGGAUUUUGAGCAGACUAUUCUCGCUGGUCCUCAAUACCAGUCAUGGCUCCAGGAUGCUUCUAACAUUGUCUUGAAGGGGAAAAAGAGAAAGACUCGGGGAACCAUCACCCUAAGUAUGAAGAUUGCUAAACGUAUGGAAUUGCCACCUACACAACUCCUUGAAGAGCAAGGGCACAGUUCUUACCCACCUCAGCUUUGCGAGCUUUGGUCAAAAAGCACUCAACGUCUUCAAACCUCAACAUCUGAAACUCGACGCCCUGAUUUCUGCGAGGAACAAUCUCCAGGGUUAGUCCAGGAGGAGAGAAUGCCGAAUCACCAUCAAACAGACCAUCAUCAGGGCAGUGAGAUAAGCUCCCAAAAUCUUGGCAGCCCCGCAGAAAGACUUCGGAACACUAUUGCUGGGAAAGAUGGUUCAAUAGAAGGCUUGAUGAAUGGAUCGCGAGCAAGAUCUGAAAAUAAAAACCGCCAGUCUGCUGAUAUUAGCGUGACACCAUUCUAUUCUGGAGAUGACGUGAGAUCCAUGCCUAGCACACCAUCCGCACGUGGAGCAGCUUCAAUUAACAUAGUAAUCAACUCUAACAGGUCCAAUAGAAAACGGCCACAGUCGUCACCAAGAAGAGGACUGGAACCAGUAGCGGAAGACAGACCGUGGGAGCACCGUUCGUAUGACUAUGAGUUCUCAAUGAUACCUGAAAAGGGCUUCACAGCCGAUAACGAAGUACUCGCUGAAACUGGACCUACACAGACUCAAAAGCCAGGGACUACUCACUCAGAAGAGAAGAUAACAGAUAGCAUCAAAAGUCAGCUCAAGACACACUUUGAAACACCUGGAGCUGCUCAAGUGGAAUCUCUUAACAAGCUCGCUGUUGGAAUGAGGAGGAACGCUGCAGCUCAACUCUUCUACCAAUCCUGUGUGCUAGCGACUCGCGGAAUGAUAAAGGUGGCCCAAACACAGCCUUAUGGGGACAUUCUCAUUGCAAGAGGACCCAAUAUAAACAUGGACCCACGAGCCUUGCCCUUCUCCGUUCUCGUCGUCCUCAUUGCAGCGGCGACUUUGGCCAACGGUUACUCUCCCCCGCCUCCAACCACCGUAUACCCCUCCGUGAAAACCGUGGAAGCGGCGGUGGAAGGAAUGGUGUAUUGCCAAUCCUGCGACAAAUUCGGAUCAUGGUCGUUGGCUGGAGCAGAAGCCAUAGCCGGAGCUAAGAUCAGCAUCAUUUGCAAGAACCACAAGCAACAAGUGAGCUUCUACAAAGUGUUUCAUACAGAUUCCUACGGCCAUUUCUACGGUGAGCUCAAAGGUUUAAAAAUGACUCCACAUUUCUUAGACCAUCCUCUUCACGCUUGCCGUGCCAAGCUCGUCUCUUCUCCCCGUGAAGACUGCAAUCUCUUCUCCAACAUUAACAAUGCUCUCGAUGGUGCUUCGCUUCGGUAUGAAGAAAAGAGGCUCAAGUGGACCAACUAUGAGGCUGUGGUUUACGCCGCUGGUCCUUUGGCUUUCCGUCCUGACCACUGCCCCGCGACUCCACCGCCCACUUACUGA